AUGCAAAACGAUAAUAAAAUUGAUGAUGAAGAGGAAAAAGAAAGUGGUCACGAAAAUAUAAGUGAUGACCAAACAAAUUUUAGUAAUGAUCAAGAAGGUGUAGAACAUAAGGACCAUUUGUGUAAAGAGCAAUGUGAUAAGUCCUUAACACAUUUAGAAUUAGAGAAAUAUAAUAAUUUAUCAAAGGAUAUUCAAGAAUAUUACGUUGGGGUUCCAUACAGCUGGGAAUAUGUAGAGGGUAGUAAGAGCUGGUUUAUUGUUGAGACAAGCAAAAAUUAUAAAUUUUUUUAUAAUAAGAAAACUAAUGAGAAAACAUGGAUAUGUCCUGAAGAAGUUGAAGAAUUAUUAGACAAACAAAACAAAGAAGAAUAUAGUGAUAUAAAAAGUGAGGAAGAGAAUGAUUAUAAUUCUGAUGAUAAAAAAGAAGAUAUGGAUGAUAUUUUGAAAGCAUAUAAAGAGCUUUUGAUAGAAAAACAAAUUAAUGAGUUUUCUAAAUAUGAAAAUGUUCUAGCUACUAUUUUAUAUGAUAGUAGAUAUUUAAAUGUACCAAAAGAUAUGAGAAAAGAAUAUUUUAAUAAAUUAAUUAAAGAAAUAAAUGAAGAUAAAAAAGAUGAAUUGAAAAUAUUAAUAGAAAAUUUUCAAAGUUUAUUAAACAAAAAAGAAGAAUAUUUUUAUUAUCCAUUUAAUGAACAUGAUGUUAUAAAGGUUUUAAAAAAUCAUAAAGCAUAUGAUGGUAAUAAAACAAAUAACUGGGUACAGACACGAAAUAGAUUAUUGAAAAAUUUUUUAGAAAAAAAAACUAAAGAGACAGAAAAAAAAGUGGAACAUAAAUUUGAAGAUGCUCUAAUUAAUUAUUUGGAAAAUGAAAAUCCAAAAGAAUGGAUAAAAAUUAAAAAUUAUCUAAUGAAAAAAGAAAAAUAUGACAUUUUAUCUUAUAAAAGAAAAAAUCAAAUAUUUGAACAAGUAAGUGAAAAUAUGUUAAAGGAAAUAAAAAAAAAAAAAAAAAGGAAAUAUACAAGUGCAAGAGAUGAAAAAGAUGAUUAUGCACGUUAUGAAAAUGAUAAAGAUGAAUAUGAUUAUGAUGACCGUAGGAAAUAUUCAAAAAAAGAAUUUGAGGAUUAUCAAAAAGAAAAAACAAAUGAAAAAAAUUUGUUUAUAACUAUAUUACAUGAAAAAUUAAAAUGUCCUAAAAUAGAUGAAGAACUUUUGAAAAUAGAAUAUAAUUCUAUAGAUAAUAAAAAUACCUUUGAAGAUAUUUGUUUGUUGCCACGUGAUAUUUUAAACGAUGAAAGAUAUAAAAAUAUCACUUUAAAUGAUAAUGAAAAAUUUGUAUUAUACAAAGAAUUUAUAAAUAAUUAUAUAGAUUCAAAAAAAAUGAGCUUUCAUAAAUUAUUAUCAGAGUUGUCUAUUAAUUGUAUUAACAACACACUUGAUGAAGUAAUUCAUAUGAUAGAUAAAAAUAACAAAACGUUUAAAGAUAUUAAAAAGUAUCAUCUAGAAAAAAAUUUUAAUAAAUGGAGAGAAUAUAAAAUAAAGGAAGCAAAGAAUAUAUUUAAAAAUUUUUUAUUGAAAUUUAAUUAUAUUAAAUAUAAUUCUGAUGAGCAGAAUAAUUAUAAACAAUUAAUUGAUCGUUUAUCCCAGGACGUGAGCUAUCAACGGUUAAAUUGUAUUCCUGAAGAAAGAGAAAAAAUCAUUUUAUCCAGGAUUGAAGAGCUUAAAGAAGAACAUGAGAAAAAUAAAAACGUGGCGGAACGUUUGAAUUUUUAG